CACGGGAUCAUCCCCUGAACUCAAAAGGACGAUAGUCUCAGAUGAUCAAAUCUAAUUCCUUAGAGAUAUGCCUUUUCUAACUCUCUAGCUCAGGGGCCACUGACUUCAUAUUAAUCAAAGGCAGGAUAUUUGAGUUUGUGCCUGUUCCAAGAGAGCAACUACUCCUCUGAUAGAAAACUCAAAGUCGUUCGAGCAGGGUCAAGGUACUCUCUAGGAAUAGGUAUAAAUACCGGACUUCUCCCCCUUCGAUUCACACAUCUGCUACACCAUCCAACACAAGAAAUCUACAAAUCGUACGCUAUAUCUUCCAACAGAAGCCCUAUAUCAAGCAGCUCUUCAAAAACAUUGUCAUCUACUCUACCUCCACUUCCAUCAUCAUCAUUCUUCAACCCAAGAGGUCAAUAUGCAUCCAUUCUACUUCAGCCUAUUUGAGCGAGACGAAACCAGUGAUUCAGAAAUACCGAUGAUUCCUUCGAACCAGACACUGCCACAACGAUACGAAGCUCGUCAACCUGUUCCCCCAUACGAGAGACACCAGAUGCAGUCCACGGAUAGCGCUACCGUCAUAGCCGAUCUAGGAGAACAACUUCAGAAAGAGAAGGACAACGUCCGAAGACUCGAAGAUGCCCUGAACUCUAGCUCUCACGCGGCCGAGAACAUUGUAGUGGUACUGCUUCGAAAGAUAGCUCGCCUUCGAGUGGCCUUGGAAGAAAGCGAGGUCCGAAGGGAACAUGAGGCUACGAAACAGAAGCAAGCUUGCGAAGCCGCACAGGCUCUAUUCGACGUGCUAUGCGAAAUGAAGUCAGAUCUGAGGUGUGAUGUCGAGUCCCAUCAUGAAAUUGCAGUCGCUCUUGAAGUCAGUGAGAACGCAACGGCAAAUGCUAUCCAAAAGGAAAAGGUGCGAGCUCAGGAGGUCGUGGCUCUAGAGGAAGAGCUUAGAGUAGCAAAGACCAGGAUCUCUGACGAACUCAAUCUCUCACGCGUAGUCUCCCAACAGGUCGAGGGGAUGCAGCAUAUACUAGAGAUACAACACAACGAGGUCAAGGAUCAGAAAGAUACGAUCGCAGAUCUACGCCGUCGUAUCAAGGUCCUCGAAAAUGGUUGAAGCGCAUCUCCUCGGGGCCGACAAAGAAACGACGUCGUGACAUGAGCAACUGGAUAGUAUGAGCAACC